GAAUGGCAUGUUCUGAAAGGGCAACGUUGAUAGCUGAAACUAGGUGUGCCUCAGGCUGGGGCUGGGGGAAGCCCGAGAGCAUCUUGGGCACCGGCAGAGUGUCCAGCAGCCUCGGGAAGGACAGGGCCCAGUGGAAAGCCAGGUGGAGCUGAUUGGUGGGGAGGGUGAGCAAGGGAAAUUGCCCAGGGGGUGCGUACAACCCGCCAGGCAGAAGCAGGAGCCAGGGGCACCUGGGCAAGAAGGCCCAUAAGAUGCUCCAGAGGAGCUCUGGACAGGCGCUUGGAUAUACUACUGGACCUGGCGGGGGACCCAUCAACACUGGGCUGCAUGGGCCAGGCGUCUGGACACGGGCCAAGAAGCCGAAGCCUGUUGAAGCCACACACUCCACUCUUGGACUGACACCAGCGGCCACCCAGCCCUGCCAGGCCAUACGGCCUCUCGUUUGCCUGAUGUAUGAGGCCUCCUGCGGGCACCUGAGGACCAGACCCACCCCUGGGGACCUGGGCGCUGCCCGGCGCGGCUAGCGGGGCCCCUUGGCCAUGGCCAGCACAGCCGUCCAGCUCCUGGGCUUCCUGCUUAGCUUCCUGGGCAUGGUGGGAACGCUCAUCACCACUAUCCUGCCUCACUGGCGGAGGACGGCCCACGUGGGUACCAACAUCCUGACUGCCGUGUCCUACCUGAAGGGGCUGUGGAUGGAGUGCGUGUGGCACAGCACGGGCAUCUACCAGUGCCAGAUCUACCGCUCACUGCUGGCGCUGCCCCGGGACCUGCAAGCUGCCCGGGCACUCAUGGUCAUCUCCUGCCUGCUGUCGGGCAUGGCCUCCGCCUGCGCUGUGGUGGGCAUGAAGUGCACUCGCUGUGCCAAGGGCACACCCGCCAAGACCACCUUCGCGGUGCUGGGGGGCGCGCUCUUCCUGCUGGCCGGCCUGCUGUGCAUGGUGGCCGUGUCCUGGACCACGAACGAUGUGGUGCAGAAUUUCUACAACCCGCUGCUGCCCAGCGGCAUGAAGUUCGAGAUCGGCCAGGCCCUGUACCUGGGCUUCAUCUCCUCCUCCCUGUCUCUCAUCGGGGGCACCCUACUCUGCUUGUCCUGCCAGGAUGAGGCCCCCUACAGGCCCUACCAGGCCCAGUCCAGGGCUGGGGCCACCACCACAGCCACCGCCCCUGCCUACCGCCCACCAGCAGCCUACAAGGACAACCACGCCCCCUCGGUGACCUCAGCCUCGCACAGUGGGUACAGGUUGAACGAUUAUGUGUGAGUUCCUUCCCCGGGCCUCUGCCAGGGCUGCUGGGCCCCGAGGGACCGCUGACGGAUGCAGGGGAACACAGGGACCCACGUGCACGUGUGGAAGUGAGCCCAGAACACAGGGAAGGGCGCUCUUCAAAGCAAAGACUUCCCAAAAGUGCUGGUUUUGUAUUUAUUCUAUGUAUUUAUGUGAGUGGUCUAAUAAGAGCUCAAUAAAGAGUGGCCCGGAAGC